ACAAAAUAUUCUCCAGAAGUAACAAAAUGAAGAUUAUUCCUACAAAACACUUGUUCCAUUUUUCUUGCCUUCUUGUUUUUUGCAGGCUGCUCUUGCUGGAGUUGGCAUUGGCUCAAAACACGACGGCUACCGCAACCAUUCCAGUGAGUGUGGGUGUGGUUCUUGACAUGCAUAUGUGGGUUGGGAAGCUGGGGGUGAGUUGUGUAGUGGUGGUAGACAGAGGUCAUGAGAUAUCAGAGAAGUCACGUACCUCACAACUGUCUGAGGUGCAUAACCUCGGACGGCCGGAACCGCUCCCAGCAUUUAGCUACCUUGACUUGAUUGAGGAGCAACGAGCUCGGUCGAAUUCGAGCUCGUCCCCUCUGUUCCCGCUCCACAGUAGCUCUGUAUGCACACAAAUUCCUCAUGAGAAAUACUUGCGAUGGUUGACACGCAUUGCCCUGCCCAGUUCCACCCCAAUCCCAACCCCCUUUAAUACCAACAUCAUCCAAGAACCAUACCCCUCUAGAUUCAGAAUGCCUCAGUUUGAGACAUACGAUGGCACUAAGGACCCUGAUGACCACUUACACGCAUUCUGCUCCGUUAUGCAAGUUAAGAAAGCCUCAGAUGCCUUAAUGUGCAAAAUAUUCCCUUCUACAUUGCGUGGAAACGCUCGGACUUGGUACUACAAUGUGCAGCCGAACUCAAUCAGCUCCUACGCCGAGCUGGCGGCAUCUUUUACAACGAAGUUCUCAAUACUGGAGAUCGGCUCAUUUAAUCAGGCUGUGGGACUAGCCGCCAUAAUCCAAGGUCUUAAGCAUGAGAGGUUCCGAGAUAGCCUAAUAAAGCACCCCCUACCACGUUUGAUGAAGCUAAUGAAAGACCUUGGAAGUUUAUUCAAGCCGAGGAAUACACCUUAUCCGGCAAGCCAACUCCAAGUAAAGAGGUCAGACCUUCGACGUGGAGAGAUGACAGGCAGAACAAGAGAUUCAAAGCCACUCAUAACCGAGCGCGUCCUUGUAGACACAGGAAGUGCUCCGGACAUCAUGUACUAUCACUGCUUCAAAAGCCUUGGCCUUGACCCUACUUUCUUACAGAAGUAUGAUGGCCCCAUCUACAGAUUCAAUAAUCAACCAGUGCCUGUGGAAGGAAUCCUCAAACUCGAUGUAGCAUUUAGUUUAGUGGCGAUUUUGAAAGGCAAUCAAGAGGGAGCUAGGCACUGCUACAUGACUUCGGUCUCCAAACCUUGGAGGGAUAAGCAAGUAACCAACCCAGAGCCGGCUCAAUUUGAAGUCCGAACUACACAGCAGGUAAUGGGUGUAGAAUUGUCGGAUAACAAACCUGAGGAUGAAGCCAGAGCCAUUCCAACAGAAGAGGUGGAAGAGGUACAGCUCGACGACAACAAUCCCACUAAUAAGACACAGAUUGGGACCAAGCUGAGCUCGAAAGAACGAGCAGAGCUCAUUAGCUUUUUGAAGUUGAAUAGAGAUGUGUUUGAAUGGACCUCAGCUGAUAUGCUGGGCAUACCCACCUCGGUCGCAAUACAUAAAUUAAGAACUCAUCCUUUGAAGAAGCCCAUAACACAGAAGAGACUUUGGCAAAGAAAGGCUGGAAACAAUCAGGGCAGAAUCAAGAAGUCGAAUGGCAAAUGGAGAAUGUGUAUUGAUUACACAAAUUUGAAUGAGGCUUGCCCAAAUGACUGUCAUCCUUUGCUGAGUAUAGAUAAGCUGGUGGAAGCUGCAUCCGGAAAUGAAAGACUUAGCCUUUUAGAUGGUUACUCGGGAUAUCAACUCCACAUGGCACCCGAGGACGAGGUGAAGACCUCCUUCUAUGCAGGUGACGAGAUCUAUUGCUAUAUAAUGAUGCCAUUUGGGCUCAAGAACUUUGGGGCUACAAAUCAUAAGAUGGUGACGAUUGUGUUCCAAGCUCAGAUAGGUAGGAAUCUAGAAGUCUACGUUGAUGACAUAGGGGUUAAGAGUCUCAAGAUCUUGCAAAAGCUGGAAUGCUCGAGCAGACUUAUCAAAUGGGCAGUGGAGUUAGGAGAAUUUCAGAUAACAUUCCAACAAAGGUUGUCAAUUCGGGCUCAAGCCUUGGCAGACUUUAUUGUAGAAUGCACAUCAAGUUAUGAAAGUGUUGAUUCUGAGGUUGAGCUAUGGACCCUCUAUGUGGAUAGGUCAUCAAGCAAUAGAGGGUCGGGUGCUGGAGCGGUGUUGAUGGGGCUAGGGAACUUCCGAAGUGAGCACGCCCUAAAAUUCAAUUUCGAAGCAACAAAUAAUAUGGUCAAGUAUGAGGCACUUCUCCUAGGGCUUCGCUUAGCAGCGAAGCUUAAGGUCAGAUCCCUGCAAGUUGAUAGUAACUCACAACUUGUAGUCAACCAAGUGAACUCUACAUGUGAGGUCACAGACCCUACCCUAGCCAAAUCUCUAGCCGUGGUUUCAAAAAUCAAAAGCCAGUUUGAAAGAUUUCAACUAACGAAAAUCUCGAGGUCAGAAAAUGAACAUGCUAACUCACUGUCAAAAUUAGCCUCUAACAGCUCAAGUGGACUGAGGUUAGUCUUUAUUGAAGUUUUAGCUGAACCGAGCUUUCAGAGGUCAAAGGUGAUGGAGGUUAGUACCGAUCCUGAAACCCCCAAUUGGACCGAUCCCAUUAAAGCUUAUCUCUGGGAUGAGACUGUCCCCAAUGACAAACGAGAAGAGAUGAAGUUGCGAAGGAAGGCAUCGCGAUACACCUUGGUGGAUGGUAUCUUGUAUAAGAGAUCAUACUCACUUCCUUUUCUUCGCUGUUUAACCCCUUAUGAGGCCAAGUAUGCUCUUUGCGAAGUGCAUGAAGGUGUAUGUGGGAAUCAAAUCGGAGCUCGAACCCUAACCCACAAGAAGUGCCAAUUCUUUGCACAUCUCACCCACCAACCAGCGGAAGAACUUACUACUUUGGUGUCACCGUGGCCUGUUGCACAGUGGGGGAUUGACCUUCUAGGUCCUUUUAUCAAGGGUGCAGAAGGAGUAACACACCUAGUCGUGGUAGUUGACUACUUCACAAAGUGGGUGGAAGCUCGACUUCUUUCUAACUUGACCUCGAGAAAAAUUGAAGACUUUGUUUUCAGCUCAGUUAUGUGCAGAUAUGGAAUUCCAAAUCAAGUCGUUGCAGACAACGAACCUCAGUUCAACUAUACCUCGUUCAAAGAUUUCUGUUCCAGCUAUUGGAUAAAGUUGGUUUUCACUUCUGUUUAUCAUCCUGAGGCAAACGAAAUGGUUGAGUCUGUCAACAAAGCCAUCUUGGAAGGGAUUAAACUGAGGCUAGAUCAAGUCAAAGCCAAGUGGGCAGACGAGCUCAACAAUGUUCUAUGAGCUUACCAAACUACGAGUCGAACAGCCACAUGUAUGCAACUCAACUUGCUUUUUAUUCUCUUUUGAUUUGAAGCUAUUACUAGCUAUAUGAAAUAAAUCCUAAAAUUACAA